AUGGACAAGAAUCCGAAUCACCAGCUUCAGCAGCAGCUCUCGCUGCAAUCGACGGCCUCGUCGCCAUCGGCUGACGCAUCGCCCCAAAAUGUGCUGAAAGAAGCUCGCAAACACCUGCAGCACAUGAUCGACGCUGGUAUCUCGAGGGAAACACUCCAUCAAUGGGUCGACGAUAGCCUGUCCUUACAGCUCCUCAAACAAGCCUCGACGCUCGCUUCAUCACAACAACCGUCGUCACUCGCUCCUCAGCAUGCUCCUCCGCCGCCACCUCCUCAAUGUCCUCCUCCUCCGCCGCCACCCUCUUCCGCCGUCUCGCCAAACCACCCGGUGCGUGCGGGAACGGUGGUUUCUUGCUCGAGCUCGCCCGUCGUUGGUCCCCAUGUCGACGUCAAAACAGAGUCCUUUUCCGACGGAUUGUCGAGAAACUGGCCGCCAGCCCCGAAUUUCGCGCCAAACCGAAGCAGCAUGAUGGCGUGCAUGGAUCGCUACGCCGCCGCCACGGCCCCUACGACAGCCUCGGACAUGAACGGCAUGGACGCCUCCAUGUUCUUGCCACCAUCCGCAGCGUUUGCCCAUCGGCCCAGAAUCUCGAUAUCGUCCGUCAGCUCUGGAUCGUCUGGCCACGCGUCCAUCUGGUCGACAAACUCGGCCCAGUCAAGCUUCUCGUACCAGUCUGCAGCGUCGGCACGAUCCAUGGCCCCCUUGCCCAUGGUGCCCCACGGGCCUCAAAACGUGGCAGUGGUGAAUGGCGCAACGCAGGUCGGGGCGGCGGUGUCGGGCGGCGCCAGCAGGCAAAACAUCUACUGGUGCACGUCGUGCGAAACCAGCUUCAAGCGCAAGUACGACUGGAAGCGACACGAGGACGAGUUUCACGAGCGGUGGAGGAAGUACCCAUGCCCGGAACCCGGGUGCAACAGGAGUUUCUGGGGUUCCAACUCGUUCAACCAGCACCACAAGCAGUGCCACGGCUGCAAGACGUGCCCCCACGCCGAAAAGGUGGUCAAGUAUCUGCGCAAACGCAAGUACUGGGCCUGCGGCUUCUGCUCCGCCCUGCACCCGGCCCGGGAACGUCACGUGGAGCACGUCGCUCGCCAUUUCGAAUCGGGCCUCUCCAAGACGGAGUGGAUGCACUCACGGGUCAUUUACGGCCUCUUGCAUCAGCCGCUCGUGCACGAGGCCUGGGAAAACCUGGUCAACAGCAAGCAACCCGACUUUCCCACUCGACGGCCCCAGUUCAGCUGGCACCCGAACAAGACGGGGAGGGCUCAGGGAUUCCUGGAACACGAAGCCCCCGGACAGCUUCAAGACCACCUCGAGUUCUUCCUGGGGCAGGAGGAAGACGCGCACAACGUGGCCAAGAUGGCGUACGAGCUGGCUGAUAUCAUCAUGACUCCGCCGUCGCCGCCAUUCGUGGACGGCUCGGCCGCGGCCGCCAUGGCGCCUCCGCCUCAUCACGGGCCGUUUGCCACGCUUGUUUCGCAAGCCCAUCCUCAUGCUCAUCAACAACGACAACAAGGUGGCUCCAUGAUGCCGCCCCCGACCAGCCCCAGCAGCCAGAAUGGGUUUGCGGCCAACUUUGGCGGGCCGAUGUUUGUACCGUCUCAAUCCUUUGGUGGACAAGGGGGGCUUUCUCCGGACUCGUCGUCUCAGUCGCCGUUGACGGUGUCGCAAUCGCCUCUGGCGGGCGCGAGCUCGCCAUUGGAUAAACUGGACAUGCAGCAGCAGCAGCAGCAGCCCGGGUCGAGCUCUGGCCACUCGGCGGGAGAUUCGAUGAUGGACUACGACAUGAACUCGGCCAACGACACGGCUUUUGGUGAAUGGCCCGACAUGGUGAGCAGCAUGUCGGGCAGUUCUGACCCGCACCAGCCGCACGGCACCACACCGGUGGAAUGGGGGGCGACCAUGUUCGCAUACCCGUUCGACCCGAGGGUCCGUUCGGCGUAA